AUGGCCAAUAGGAUGACUGAGAGGCCAGUAGGUACAUUCCCUAGUAGCACCCAGACGAACCCAAACGCCACUGCAAAGGCAGUGACUACUAGGAGUGGUAGGAGAGUAGAAGUAGAGAAGCCGGUAGAUGAGGACGAGGACCCGGUUGAUGAGGAGAUUGAGAUGGAGACUCCUGCUGGUGAUGUGCACCCUAGGCUGCGCCCAGCAAGUACAGCACAGUCCAGCGAGUCUUCGGGAGAGAAGAAGAAGGAGAAGGAGCCACUUAGAGUCUAUAAACCCACAGCUCCUUACCCUGGUAGGCUUUUAGCUAAGAGCGAUUCUGAGCAGUAUUCACGGUUCUUGGAGAUGCUGAAAAAACUCCAUGUGAACCUUCCUUUCAUCGAGGCUCUAGCUAAAAUGCCUAAGUAUGCCAAGUUCCUAAAGGAUCUUCUCACAAACAAGAAGAAACUGGAGGAGUUGUCUACUAUCACUCUUAGUGAGGAGUGUUCUGCAGUUGUGCAGAACAAGCUUCCUAAGAAGAUGGCCGACCCAGGGAGUUUCACCAUCCCGUGUCUGAUCGGAGACCUUACUGUCAGCCAUGCGCUGGCCGACUUAGGAGCUAGCAUUAACCUCAUGCCUUACUCCAUUUUCGCUAAGCUCAAUCUAGGUGAGCCAUCUCCUACGCGCAUGAGCCUUCAGCUCGCAGAUCGAUCUGUGAAGUUUCCACGUGGUAUCGUAGAGAAUAUGCUUGUCAAGGUUGACAAGUUCGUUUUUCCGGUGGAUUUCGUCAUUCUUGAUAUGGACGAGGAUUCUAAAGUUCCACUUAUUUUAGGACGUCCAUUCCUUGCUACUGCCCGAGCCGUUAUUGAUGUUCUUGAUGGUAAGCUUACUCUCCGCGUCGAUGAUGAUGCGGUCACCUUUGACAUCCAGGAUUCGAUGAAGCAUACGCCGCAGCAUGACGACACUCUUUACUUUAUAGACACUCUUAUGUCACAUGUGGGUAGUUUUCUUGGUGAGGUUUGCGGUAGAGAGUCUAUAGAGACCCAGAUGUUAGGGGUAGAUGUCGAGGGCAUUGAGUUGACCGAGUUCGACCUAGAGCAGGAUUCACCAUUACCAUCGAGCGAGCCAUCCAUAGGAUCCGAAUGUUCUAAGGUUUCUGAGGUGUUUGAAGUGUUAGAGAGAAAGACUCCUGAGGAGAAACCAUCAGUGGAGAUACCCCCGCCUCUAGAGCUGAAGGAACUGCCAUCUCACUUGGAGUAUGCAUUCCUUGGCGAGGGAUCUCAGUUGCCCGUCAUUAUUUCAUCGAGUUUGACGGAGGAGGAGAAGGAGAGACUGAUGGUUGUUUUGAGGGCGCAUAGGCAUGCUAUUGCCUGGAAGUUAGUAGAUAUCAAGGGUAUUAACCCUUCCUUUUGCACCCACAAAAUUCUUAUGGAGGAGGAGUAUAGGCCGGUGGUACAGCCGCAGAGGAGGCUGAAUCCCAAUAUGCAGGAUGUGGUGAAGAAGGAGGUGUUGAAGCUGCUCGAUGCCGGCCUGAUUUACCCGAUCUCUGAUUCUGCAUGGGUCAGUCCUGUCCAGGUAGUUCCCAAGAAGGGGGGUAUGACUGUGGUGGUGAACGAGAAGAAUGAAUUGAUACCCACCAGGACAGUCACCGGAUGGAGAGUCUGCAUUGACUACCGCAGACUUAAUGAUGCCACUCGCAAGGAUCACUUUCCCUUGCCGUUUAUUGAUCAGAUGCUUGAGCGACUGUCAGGGCAGCAGUUUUAUUGCUUCCUUGAUGGUUUUUCUGGUUAUUUCCAGAUUCCCAUUGCACCGGAGGAUCAGGAGAAAACCACCUUUACAUGCCCAUACGACACCUUUGCGUACCGACGCAUGCCGUUUGGACUAUGUAAUGCUCCGGCUACUUUUCAGCGCUGUAUGGUGGCCAUCUUUCACGAGCUUAUCGAGGACUCCAUGGAGGUUUUCAUGGAUGACUUUUCUGUUUUUGGGAGUUCCUUCGAUUCGUGUCUGCGUAAUCUAGAUCGAGUGCUAGCUCGUUGUGAGGAGCGAACCUGA